ACUGGUUGUGAAAUAUCGAAUUCCGUGUGAUUUACUACGGUUUCGAGAUCGCGGUUACGAUCGCGGACCGGUCGUUUUAUCGUGCCACGAAAUCUGUGCAAACCAGUUGUUCCUUCCAGACUCGCUCGUAAUUUCGUUUCUUAGUCGUAUCGACAAUAUUCCAGAUUCGGUUGGCAAUCGUGCAACGGUGUUUUAUAUUAAAAUUCGAUCAUUGUGCGCGGAUUAUUGUUUUUUUAAAGGCGUAUGUAAUAUUAUCGGUGUCGCGUCGUAUUAUUCGAUAUCUGUUUGUAUCCUCGCCGAGGAAAAUUUUCUCGAUGAAAUUUCUCGAUGAUUGAAAGAGAGAGACAGAAAGAGAGAGAUAGAGAGAGAGAGAAAGAGAGAGAGAGAUUGAAUAUUUCGUUAUCGGGAUAAUUUGAUAUUUGAGGUAUUGGUUAAAAAAAAAAAAAAAAUUCCACUCGAUCCAUCCGCAUCGACGAUCAAUUGCGACGAGUUUCCAUUUACUAGUUUCUAAUCUAAUGAACUUUGCGCCACCUUGAGCAACCUUAUCGGUGCAUUCACGAACGUGGCAACGCAUGUUACGUGGUGCAUCGAUUAAACUAGUGCAAAUUUUAAGGCCAGCCUUAAAACCGCGGGAACGUUCCGCGUUUGAUACCGAGUUUCGUCGAUUGCCCCUCCUCCCUCCUUGCUCGAUUUAUAUCUAGCUGUCUAUUUUUAACCGACUCGUCGUCGCUUAUCGCUUUUUUUGAUCAAUGAUUCCGUCUUCGCAUAGCAGGAAGAUAACUUUUCCUUAUUUUUCUUUCCAAUUUUUUUUUUUUUUUUUUUUUUUUUUUACAUCGAUCGUUGUUUCGAUGCAGUGAUAGAGUGAGAAAAAUUAUUGGCACUUUAAGUCGUACACGCUUUCAUGCUCUAGUGGGGUGUUAAUCGUUCUUAAGUGUUGCAUUUUUACGGUGAUAUAUCGACGCGCAAACGUAUUAUUACUCGUGACGUCCCUCGUAAAUCGAUGAUAACAUUGUAAUACGCCAUUACCAUUACGAUAGCGUUAAUUGCCGGUGACGAAAACCGAUCGUACGCGUGCAUCCUCGCUCGAACCAUUGUUCUACUCGUUGAAAAUUUUGUUUCCCCCUCGAGGCCAGAAAAACUCGUCGAUAAUUUUAAUUUCUUUAAUUCAAAUUGGAUCGAUUAUUCGAGGGGAUCGAUUCACACGAAUUUGGAAUUUGUUAACGUGGGAUUAAACAAUAGAACGUUUCGUGGAUUUUUUUUUUUUUUUUUUGGAAUUGGAAAUUUUUUUUAUCCGAACGGAAAAAGAACUCGCGAAAUUUUUCCUCGGAAAAACGAUUCGACCUGAUAAGUUCGGUUAAUUUAUGUCGGUGUAUGAUGAUAAGGAAGAAAACGCGAUAAGAAAAAAUACGCUGAUAGCUAGAAAAGUUAAAUACGUUUCUUAACUGCAACGACCGUGGCCGUAUAAAUGGGGAAAAUUCAACAAUAGGGAAAGGAAACGAAAAGAAAAAUAAGUGCAACUCUUGUGUGCAUAAGGCUUGAUGUUUAAGUGUGUAUGUGUGUGUGUGUGUGCAAAUGAGAAGGAAAGAUAAUGAAAGAAACGUUAAAUUUCUACUUGCCAUUUGUCGAACGUGAUUCAAGGGCGAGCAAGCCCGAGAAAGAGAGCGACGAAUAAACUGGUGGAAGGGGGAGAGGGUAGGGGGGGCCGGGAACAGGCCAUUUGCCACGAAAGUUCGUACAUUGUUUGCCGACGAUUUACUCGAUCGACACCCGGAACAAUAAAACGGCGUCCGUGAUGGAACGAUCUUUCACGUGGGCCUGGCAACAACAACAACAACAACAAUUGGACGAUCGACUAGCAGCCGUAACACCGUUCUAUUGAUCGCGUCACCGAUGUGACAGGUCAGCCACGGUCUGCUGGCGGCCGGAGAAAUUUGGAAAUAAUCGGCGAAAACCGUUUAAUUGUCCGCUCGAAAGCGCACCAGGCUCGUUCCGUUCAUCCGGUUCAUUCGCAGCGUUGCCUCGACCGAUUCGUCCAUUCGCGAUCGGCGGAGUCGCGUGGAAUCGCUUUGUCCACGACUAUUGGCUCGAUGGAGGCAAGGCCGAUUUCGGCCGGCCGAUGAAUCCUUUCGUCGAACGGCGAAACGCGGCCAUAUUCGUCCGCGGAGGAAUCUUUCGAGCGGACGGACGUUCUCUUUGACUCCCUUCGGCGAGAAGGACGAUCGAGGAUACACAUCGAGAUUGGCACGAUGACAACGUUGAGGAAGGACGAGAAGAGGGGUUCGAAGAAGUCGAAGAAGAGCGGCGGCGAGAAGACGUCCGGUCGGAGCGCGAAGACGGCGAAGCAGGUACCCGCGAAGAAAAGUGAACCGAAAGUGCAAGAGAAGUGGUACAAGGAUCUAUUGAUCUACGACAAUGAUCUCUAUAGCGAAGAGGUGAAUCUGUCGAAACGCGUGGAGGAAGAGGAUACGGAAAAGGAGAGCGGGAGAAUCGAGCGAAAAUCGUUCCGUCGGAAAAUCGGGUUGCUAUUGAGAGGGAGCGCGGCUGAAUUACCGGCCGUGAUAAAUCGCAGCCUGCAACCGAUUAGGCGCAGCCUAAGUUUCAGCAAGGACUUGAACCGUCUUCAGGAGCCGUCGAAACCGCACAGGGCGAGCAGCGCGCAUUGGUACAACAGUUUGGUGUCUUUGGCGGAGGACGAAUGUUUGGACGAGUAUGACGACAGCCCGUCAGAAAACAGUCCAACGAUCGAGGAACGAUUGUUCUCUUCGAAGGUUCAAGUCACCAGGACGCAAAGCCUCAUCGACACCACUUUCCAGACGAGAAGCCCGAGGAGACGAGUGACCGAUCUGCUCAAGCGAACUGCCCCUUAUGGUCGGCACAGCGACCAUUACGACUCGACCAUAGAUUUGAGCAAUCCACCGUUCGAGGCCAGCAGCCUUCCCGCUCUCGCGCACACGGAUGGAAGCUGCAACGAGCUAAGAUUCCCCCGUGAAGGGGAGCAACAGGUCAGGAACGAAUGGAGGAACCUGAAAGUUCCUGUCGGUCGAAAUCUGUCUUCCCUACAUGUCGGCCCCGUGAACCAUCGAGAGGUGCGUUCGAGGUCGUUGACCCAGCUGGACGCUCUGGGCAGCAAGAUGCUGGAUACGGGGGAGCACCAUCUGGGGGGUGGUCCCUCGCAACAGCAAUCCCAUCACCUUCACCACCAUUAUCAACCUCAACAGUUGCAACACCCCCAAAAUGUGGAGAGUAAUCCUCGUUUCCUUGCGCCCACUGCGCCUUCUGUCGAGGGGUCGCGUCAGAAUCGCAGGCACAAACUGUCUCGGUCACAGGUAUCCAGCAGCGAGUUUUUCAGCGUCAGCUUCGAUCUCUCGGACGAUUCGAGUGGCCUGGAUCGGGACGAGUUUCUGCCCGCUGCGAAGGGCACUUACUUGGCCGAGGCGAUCAACGCCGCUUGCGAGAGGCGCGGGAUCGACAUCUCGCGGAUCGAGGUCUUCGACGGUUUCUCGCCGCCAUUGCCGAUCCUCACCACGGACACCUCCAGCCUUGGCGGCAAGCAUUUGCGAAUAACAGUUAAGGACAACGAAAAAUCGAACUCGAGAUCGUCGAGCCAGAGAAGCAACCAGAGCGUCUCCUUGAGAAAGCCAAGCGGGAAUUAUCGGAGCCGCAGCGGUCGUUUCUUCAGCGUCUCGACGGAAGACUCGAGCGUUGACUCCGAGGUCGGAAGCAGCACCACGCUCACAUCUGGUCGGAGCUCCGUUGGGGCUGCGGGGCUCAAACCUAGUAAACAGCGAUGGAGCGGCUUCUUCACCAACACGAAGGGCACAAAACUUGAUCUACUCACCUCUCUGCUGGACGAUUAUAACAAGCAUGGGGUACCCAAGGAUACACAAUUGUCAUACGAGCUCGCCUUUAACGAAGAUGCCUUGUACUUAGAACAAGAUUGGCGCGACAUCGUUCAAAACUCGGAUCAAUUAUCGGAGAAACAACAGCAACAACAGACUGCUUUAUGGGAAUUGGCUCAAACGGAAGUGGCUUAUAUCAAGACUUUAAAGGUUGUGACAGACCUGUUUAUGGCGUGCCUCUGCAGCCUGCAGGCCUCGAAUAUCCUGAACGAGGUCGACAGGACGAAGCUAUUCAGUAACAUCCCCGAGAUCUACGCCGCGAAUCGCUACUUCUGGACCGAGUACGUCCUAGCCAUGGUAAAUACGUCGAGGACCACUGGACAACCGCUCGAACCAGGCCACCUUCUGCAAGGUUUCGAGACGUUCGAGCAAACCUUCGCACCCUACACCAGAUAUUGCGCGGAGCAAAGCAAAUGUCAGCAAUACUGCAGAGACCGUCUCAACGAUAAUCAAUUAUUUACGGUCUAUCUGGUGUGGUGUGAGACUCAGAAGGAUUGCAAUCGAUUGAAACUGCUCGACAUACUGGUGAAACCUAUGCAGAGGUUGACGAAGUAUUCUCUGCUCUUGAAGGCUGUUCACAAGAACACGGAGAACGAGGAGCAACGAGCAGAAUUGACUCAUAUGAUCAAAUCUGUAGACGACUUCGUGGCGUCUGUGAAUGCAGCAUUGAAGAGGAACGAGGAGACAGCGCGGUUGGCCAGCGCUGCAUCUCGAAUAGAAAGCUACGAUGUGGUCGAGUCGAGAGACGAAGAAUUGGAGAAACUGAUUAAAAUUCACAGCACGUUUGAUAUUACCACGGUUCCAAUACCGGGUUGUUCGAAAGACACCCUUAGAGUACUUCUUCGCGAGGGAGAUUUAAAAUUAAGAGACGCCGUUAGCAGCAAGAUGGAAGUACACAUACUGUUGCUGACAGACAUGCUAUUGAUCUGCAAACCGUCGACCAAGAAAACUUCCAGCGGGCUGACUGGCACCGUGGGGGGCGGUUUGAAGAUUAUAAGACAACCGUACGUAAUCGAUCGUAUCCGAAUACACGAGCUGAAGGAGCCGACCAGUUUAGGCUUGGUUUAUCUGAACGAGUAUGGGGCGGCAUCAGCUGCUCUGGUUCUCAGCGCCGGAGAAUCGAAAUUGGCCAAGUCUUGGAUGGAAUCGAUCAGGAAAGCUCAACAACAAUUCGCGUUAAUGAAAGUGCCACCGCUUGGCAACACGAUGAACUUGACCACGGUCACUAGACAACAUAGCAGUUUUCUCAGUGAUGAGUACGAAGCAGAGGAAUGCGAGGGGAUCCCAAAAACGCCUCGAGGGAGCAGCCGGGCGUCAAGGGUGAGCAGCCUCGCCCACAGUCACAGCCAUGAAACCGCUUCCAGUGGAAGUAUAGAGAUGGAAGGCGUUUCACCGGGAAGCAGCACUUUUCUCCCUAGUUAUAAUCCAAGCAGAAAUAUCAGCGUGGAAACGAGCGAGCCACCGCGAGCCUCGAGCGUAUCAUCCGAGGAAGGUGGCGACAGUUCUGGCCACAAUCAUAGACCGUUGCAAAUAAGUCCUAACAAAUUUGAUAAUAGACGAUACCCGCUGAGUAAGUCACCGACGCCUAACACGUUGAGUGUCCAAGUGCCGGCGUACUCUAGCUUGGGCCAAUCGCUGCCAAACUUGACCCUAGCCACUUCGCCACAAACUUCAACCGUGUCUCCGACACCGCCAAACUCGCUUCUAAUCGUACCCCAAAUAACAAAAAGCAAGGACACUUUGCUUUCACCAGGGCACCGAGGUAUCUCCUAUCCACCACCGUCACCCCCGAGAGGGGCGCUUAGAAGAGCGUUCGCGAUUCCUCAAUCACGAAAUCCACCUCUCGUUAAAACGAGACACAUAAGCACGUCUGUGACACAAACGGUUCAGCCUACGAUGAAUCUAGACGCGGAAGCCAUUGAAGAGAGGCGAAGAAGGCUGGAACCUUCGCACAGGAUGCCAUCGACCAGCAGCAUCGCGGAGGAAAAGAAAUGACUAGAAUUGGGAUACAAGAGUAACCUACUAAGAAGAUAGAUUGCUAUGGACCAUCUUAUCAUUUGAUGAGGGAGUACGUUGGAUCAUGUUUAGAAAUAAAAUGUUGCUUUCUGUUGUCUGUAUGCAAGUGCUGCACACACUUUCAUGCAGGAGCAGAAAAAUGAUUGAAACGAUUGAGAAGGGAUUCAAAUUGAAUUAAAAAAAACGUUUACGUACUCCUUAUGCCUACAAUAUGAAUCGAGCAAUUUUACAAUCGAUUGGGGCCAUUCGAAAUCAACGUGAAGUUUGUUAUUACGAUCGUAUCAUUGUAAUUUGAUUCUAGCGGUGUAACUUUUAGAUCUCAUUUUGUAAUUAAUUCGUCGGGUUGUGACGAUCACGUUUCAAUAUUACUCUAAUUCAUUCAGAAUCCUAAGCGACGAACAGAAAAAAGAAAAAGGCCUACCUAGUGUAAUUAAUAUUACGACUAUUUAUCGUGAUUUAAGUUUAGAUGAUUAUAAUAGUUGGAAUAAGACGCCUUUAGAGCAACAAUUUUAAAAUAAACGAGUUCGAGUUUCGUGAUUUAACGAUAUAAAAGCAGGUACGGACAUUUAGAAAUGAGAACACACACACACGUAGAAAAGUAUUACAUUUCAUGUAGAAGAAAAAAAAAAAAAAAAUUAAAAGAAAAUGAAAAAUCCCUCGUAUAAGCUUUGAUAAACACACGAUUACUAAAUGUGGAAAGUUGCGAAAAGCGUGAAAAGAGAGUGAAAGAUAAAUUUUCUUUAGGUACAAAUUAAAUUUCACGAUAUUUUGUUCAAGAGACUGAACUAACGAUUGUCGGGAUGUCGACGAACGUCACCUAACUAGAGACAACAAUAUGUAAAGAGAAAAGAAGAGCAAUGAUUUUAUACGAGCUCCUUUGCGUAAGGUUUCUUUCAAUCCCCCCCCCCCCUCUCUCUCUCCCCCCCCUUCCAAAAUUUGCGCUUGUAUUAAGCUUCAAGUGUUAAAAUUAUCAUAAAAAAAAAAAAAAUUAUCGAUUGUGCGUGUAUGUACGAUCAUUCAUAAUCAAGAUCAAAAUAUAGUACAUAAUUUAUUAA